AUGAACCACAUCCACCAAUAUGGCGUCUUCAGCGCCCUCAUGCACGGCUUUUCCUCCGACGGUGUCAAAGCAUCAGACAUCCUCUCAGCCUGCAACCACGGCCUGGGCACGGUGUGCGAGCUGAAUGGCGAAAUCAUCAUUCUCGACGGGGAAGCCUAUCACUUUACUCCGGAUGGCAAACUGCACAGACUCAACGCAGACGAUCGCAUGCCCAUGGUCGUCGCAACGGAUUUCAACCCCACCUUAACCAAGGAGCUCUCCACGCUGAGCAUGAGAGAAUUAACUCAAGCAAUGCACCCAUUCUUCCCCACCAAGCAAAACAACUUCAUGGCCGUCCGCAUCGACGGGAAAUUCAACUCCAUCACCUACCGGAUCGGCGGACCCCAGCACCGACCCAAAGAGCCGCUGCUAGAGCUCGCCAAGCGACAGGUCACGAAAUCGUACGAGAACAUCACCGGUACCCUGUUUGGCUUUUACUCCCCGCCGUAUAUGAACGGUGUUGCGGUGGCGGGGUUCCAUCUGCACUUUUUAUCGGAUGACCGCACGGCGGGCGGGCAUGUGUUGGAUUUUGAGGCCGAAAAUGUCGCUCUCAAGGCGGCUGUCAAUACGCAGAUGCAUCUCGAGUUUCCGGAUUCCGAGGCGUUUAAUGAGGAGCCAAUUUUGCCGGAGAGUGCGGGGGAUUUGCAUCUGGCAGAGUGA